GGUCGAACUCGGAAGAAGCAUUCAACGACAAACAUCUUUGAUUUUUUCACAGCUAGGGUUAAAAUACACAGGCAUACAGUAAUAAUUAGAGGUUAUAUUACCGUCAUACCACGUGACCAACCUGGUACCUUGAGUUUAACCCCGACGCGUCUCUCCGGAGUCGCGCCAGCGAAAAGAAAUUCACUUCGCAUUUCGAAUCCAGCGUAGAGAUAGCUCGGGACCACCUGGCCUCCCGUUGAACCCAUUGCUGUCACAGUUGCGGCUUGUGAGCCUGGCAAAACCUCCCCCGGUUUGUCCCAAUCAGACCAAUCAUAGCCAGAUUUCUGCGACCUUCCCCUUUCUUCUCUCUCUUCGCCAACAACCACAUGGUCGACUAAUCCAUUCAGACACGCCCCCCCUCUCUGUAAAACGACGAUGCCCGCGCGCACUCGACAUUCGCUCGCCACUACGCCUGAAGUUGCUGAGCCUGAGGAAGAACCAAGUGGCCUCCGCCGCCUCAGGUUCAAUGAUACGCUCUCGUGGCGGGCUGGUCGAGCGAUCCCGGUUGCAGACUUGCUGGAGAGACUGGAAUCACUCGCGCUUGAGCUGCGACAACUAGACCAGGAAGAGACGGAUAAGGAUUCGCUGAAGAAUGUUUCCCAGGAUUUGGCAAGUGGACAUUUGCUGGGACACAGGGAUAAAGGUGUGCGAGCAUGGACGGCUUGUUGCGUGGUGGAUAUUUUGCGCCUCUGCGCCCCAAACGCCCCCUUUACAGGCAAUCAGCUAAAGGAUAUAUUUACCACCAUCGUCACCUCUAUAAUUCCUGCCCUCGCGGAUCCCUCUAAUGCAUACAAUGAGCAGCACGUUUACGUUCUUUCGUCACUCGCGGACGUUAAAAGCAUUGUACUCCUGACAGAUCUGGACGCUCCUGAUACCCUAAUUCUCCCGCUAUUUUCAUCAUGUUUCGAUAUCGUGUCGGGCUCAUCGAAAUCUUCCACGGGCGAGGAACUGGCGAAAAAUGUGGAAUAUGAUAUGACACGACUUUUAGCGCCUAUUAUUGAUGAAUCCUCCGUUCUUGCGCCGGAAAUCAUUGAUGUUAUUAUUGCGCAAUUCCUGCGCGUCGAUCCGCGGAUCGUAGAGCACUCUACCAGCAGCAAAAGUAAAAAGAACAGUGUGCAUAUAGAUUCAAAGCAAGGGACAUUGCUACUAAAAGAGUAUCCUCCGGCUUAUAACAUGGCUAAGGCCAUAUGCAACGCGUGCCCUGAAAAGAUGACGAGCUACGUGAGCCAGUAUUUCAACAAUGUGAUCAUAGAUGCUUCGGGUCCUUCGGGGGCGAAUGGACUGUCGAAGGCGCAUCGUCGCGCCAGCAUUGAUGACUCCGAUGAUGAGGCUGAAAACAUUAAAGAGCUAAGCAAGGCACAUCGCCUUAUACGAGAGGUGUGGCGCGCUUGUCCGGAUGUUCUUCAAAACGUGAUCCCACAACUUGAAGCGGAAUUGUCCGCAGAAUCUGUAUCACUACGGCUUCUCGCCACGCAAACAAUUGGCGAUGUCACCGCUGGCAUUGGCGUCGCAGGCCCUCCAACACCACCGACCAUGGAUCCAGCUGCCUACCCUCCCGCAAGAUUGACUGACGAUUCUCAAAUCACGCAACCAAAUGCUCUACUACUACCGCUCGCUCCUAAACCCUUUUCUCAAGCUCAUUCUACUGCAUACCAAAGCUUUCUUAGUCGACGUCAGGAUAAAUCUGCAUCAGUACGGGCUGCUUGGGUUACAGGGAUCGGUCGAAUCAUACUUACAUCCGCUGGUGGUUCUGGGCUCAGCACAAAUGAAGAGCAAGAUCUCGUUCAUAGUCUAGCGAAAAUGCUUGGAGACGCGGAUGAAAGGGUCAGAAUUGCCGCAGUUGAAGUAAUUGGAACGUUUGGUUUCUCGGAUACUGUCAAGAAACUUGGAAUCAGUGGUGGGAUUUCCGAUCAAGGUUCUGUUCUUUCCGUUCUGGCUGAGCGCGUUAAGGAUCGAAAGCACGCUGUCCGUGAGCAUGCCAUGAAAAUUCUGGCGCGCAUGUGGGGAGUCGCAUCCGGUGAAAUUGAGGUGGGUAAUGAGCAAGUUACAAUGAUUCUGAAGGACAUUCCCUCAAGAAUCCUCGACGCUUAUUACACGAAUAAUCUUGAUAUUCAAGUUCUUCUUGACCAUGUGAUAUUCGAACUUCUUCUACCGCUGAAUUAUCCUCCCCUGAAAUCAAAGGCUGUGAAGGGCGAUUCGAGUCAGUUGCGGAAAUUGAAAAGCGCAAUGCGAGAGGGUGAAGGUUAUACAGAGACUGAUAUUGAAAUGAUCCGUGUUCGACGUAUUCUUACACUGGUUAAGGGGCUGGAUGAACGGGCUAAAAAGGUUUUUUUCGCGCUUCAGGCCCGUCAGUUAAGCAUGAGGACCUUUAUGACGUUCUACUUAACGGCAUGUGAGGAAUACAACGGCGGUGUAAUGGACAGUGAUGAGGAAACUACCAAGUCAAAACUAACCAAAGUCAUUGAUAACCUGGCCAAAAUGCUUCCAGACCAAGCCAAAGUUUCAGCGGACCUCUGGAAAUUUGCAAAAAUGCAUGACCGGCGUAGCUAUCAGCUUAUUCGUUUCGCUAUGGCUGCUGUCAGUGACUAUAGAACUGUUACGAAGGCAAUCAGGGAGUUAUCGAAGCGGAUCCAAGGAAACACGUCUGUUUCUACAAGCUUGCUCGAGUCUUUAACUCCGUUGGUUUACCGGAGUAGCUCUUUAAUCUUCAAUCGGAGUCAUAUCCCUGCGAUUAUGGACGUGGCGAGAAGUGACGAACUCGGGCUUGGGAAUACUGCACAUGAAAUGUUAAGAGAAGUCUCAUCCCAAAACCCGGAGGUUCUCGAGGCACAUGUCCAAGACAUGUGCAAAGACCUGGAAUCCCAUGCUCCAAGCGCGAAGCAAUCCGAUGAGGCGGGCGUGGAAGAGAUAUUAAAAGCGUGCGCAGGGUUUGCGAAGAAGUUGCCUGCUAAGCUUCCCACGGAGCGCAAAUUUUUAAUUGCUCUUACCAACUACGCCCUAUACAGCUCGUCACCCAAAGCCGCAAAACAUGCCGUCUCGAUAAUUAUGGCCACGUCAGAUAAGAAGCAGAUGUAUGCCAAAGACCUGAUAAAGCAAUCAGUCCAAAAUUGUACCUACAAUUCGCAAUACUUUCUCACUAAACUUGCGACAAUAUCCCAAAUCAAUCUUCUAGCGCCAGAGAUUGCCGAUGAGGAGGGCGAUGCCAUUAUCUCCAUCGCUACGGACGACAUUCUAUUAAAUAAUCGGACAUCGAACCCGUCCGCUGGAUAUGCAUGGUCUGACGAUAUCGACAAUGAGACGGCUGCUAAGGAAUGGGCCCUAAGGGUCCUUGUGAACAGAGUCCGUGCGAAGCAAAGCACCGAAGACGAGGAGUCUUUCCGUUCUUAUGCCGAACCUGUUUACAAAAUUCUCAAUACCCUUGUUGCCAACGAUGGUGAACUGUCUAAGAAACAGAAUUCUCCAGCAACACAAAAGUCAAGACUUCGUCUACUCGCCGCAAAGCUUAUCAUCAAGCUCAGUAGCGCUCACGCAAUCUGUGAAAAGAUGGUGACGCCGAAAGAUUUCAAUGCUGUUGCCUUGGUUGCACAGGAUCAAUUAGAGCCCGUGAGGUCAAGUUUCAUUGGACAACUAAAGAAGAAACUUACACAAACGACACACUUGGGUACGAGAUGGUAUACUGUUACUUUCCUCCUGGCAUUCGAGCCAAAUAGAAACCUGAAGGACAGCACACUUACCUGGCUGCGAUCUCGAACACAUUUCUUUAUUCGCCUGUCGCAAAACAAUGACAAGGGAUCAGAGCAGACAGUCAUGGAGUCACUGGCCGCUCGUCUUCUUUCACUUUUAGCAUACCAUCCUGAUUAUCCUCCUGAAUCAUCCGAUGAAUCCACUAAAGUGGAUGACCUAGCAGAUUUCGCCAGAUACAUCCUUUUCUAUCUGUCCGCUGUCGCCAACGAAAACAACCUCUCCCUCAUCUUCCACAUCAUGCAACGAGUCAAGCAGGUUCGAGAUGCCAUCACCGGCUCAGCAAUGAUGUCCACUCGCCUAUAUACCCUUUCCGACCUUGCCCAGGCCACCACUCGUCGCUUCGCAGAAUUAUAUUCCCAGCAACAUAAAAUUGGCGGCAGCGGUGGCAGUGGAGCAGCUAACAUCCUACAAACUUAUCCUGGCAAGAUGCGACUACCCAGCUCGCUUUUUACAACUAUACCCAUCCACAGUGAAGCACUGUCCAUUGCCGAAAAAAAUUACUUAGCAGAGGAAGUUGAUGAUAAGCUCGAUCGCAUUGUCCGAUUGUUCAUGAAACCAAGGACUCAGUCAGCAUCUAAUGGGCCGAGCCAAACGCGAAAACGGAAGGUGGACCUAUCGUCAAUGGGCAAGACUAGUGGUGCUGGCGCCAAAUUUUCGAGUUUUUCAUCUAAAAAGGCUCGCAGAGAUAGUAAAGAGAAGUCUCUCCCGAUUCGCAAAUCUUCACUUGCGGAAGCGGGUGUAAAGCCUGCCAAGCGGAGGAAGACGAGCGACGAAGAUGAUUGGGAGGGGGGUGGCGGACGGCUAGGCGAAGCUGAAUCAAAAGCCCGCCGUAGAAGCGGGCGAGGAACCAAGGCUGGUAUUUCAUAUGCUGAGGGAGAUAGCGACGAGGAUGACAUGGAAAUGGUGGAAUGGGAAGAGGAACAAAACAAAGCGGAGGAAGAGGGGAACAAUAGUGACGAAUCAGAAGAAGACGGCAGUGGGGAGAGAGAAUCGUCUGAGGCAGAAGAGGAAGCAGAAGAGGCGGAGGAGGGAGGACAGAAGGAAGGGGAAAAGGAAGAUCAGAACAACGCUACGCCUAGCUCUCUCUCUGGCGAUGACGAUGAAGGUGAACCGAUGGAGGACGCCCAGAAAUCUCUCCCUCUCCCACCGUCAAGGUCUAAGCGCCAAACGCCUAGAAAGAAACAACUGCAGCAAGACAAACCCUCCUCGCCUGUCGCUGCUACGAGAGGUAGGGGCAGGGGUCGGGGCAAACCUCCCGGCAAGAGACGGACGAGUAAUACAGAGACUGAAUCUCCAGAUCAGAAGCAGCCUGCCGCCGCUGCUGUUGAGGCCGGACCGAUUAGGAGGUCGACACGGAGGGCGCGUUGAUGCUAUCGAUCAUUUUUCUGAUGAUGUGUUUAUGAUUUGAUCUAUGCUACGUGGAUUUGCUUCUCUUGCAUCUAGCUGACACCUUUUUUUGCCCUUUUUUUUUUCUUUCUUUUUGCCUUUCCUUGUGAUCUGAUUUAUAUGGUUUUGAGUGAGAUAUUCAAUAUGGGUUAUUCCUCCUUGUCAAUACGUUGAAUGUCAAUUGUUAAUUUGUCUGUGGAAUGUUGCUCAAAUCUUCUAGCCCUAUCUCAAUUUCUGCGGUCUAUCUACAUAUUCCUAUCAAUCUGACAUUCGAUUGUUAAUCCAUCGUUUUACGUAAAAUAGCUAUUGUCAUUUUUAUGUUAUUUCCUUUUUUUAAUAGGGAAUAGUUUGCUCCCUAUGUAGUAUAUUCACCUGGUGAUUCUUUUUCAACCCCAGCUCGUUUACCCAAAUACAUAUAUCCUGCUACGCCAUCCAAUUGAAAUUACUUCUGUUCAUCCUUUGAAAUCGGAGAAAAACUUUGAUUUUUUUUGUAUAAUUUUUUCCUCUCAGCUUGUUAACUAUUUAAAUAAAUACGGAAUAUAGUUCCACAGAGAAAGUACAGAGAUUUCGGGACAUAGGGAAGGAAUUGAAAAUGGUAGCUGUAGUUAUUUACUAAAGAGAUAAU